AGAAGCUCGACAAGAAAUGUUUUUUCAAGAAAGCUUAAUUAAAACAGAUCAGUUUGAAAACUUCAUUCGAUUUUAUUUUGGAUUCAGUUUUGAACUAGUUACUCAUCAUACUUGAGUUUCCAUUUCAUUUAACCUACAAAGUCUAACGGCUUUGACCUAUUCCUGUUGCAAAAGAAACGUGCAUAGUGAAAAAUUUUUGACACAAUUGUUUUUUUCUUCUCUCGAAAUUCCAUCGGGAUUUUAAAAGCAUUAAGUACUAAGGCAAACGGUUAUUUAAAUACAUUGAUUCCCACUUGAACACGCUCAAUAGUUUUAUAAUCAAAUUAAGCUAACCACUAUCAACUCAUAAUGACUUCAGAAACUCCAGUUGCAAAUAUCUUGGGGACCAUUGGUACAGUUUGUUGGUGUAUUCAAAUGAUUCCACAAAUCAUUCAUAAUUAUAGAAAUAAAAAUUGUGAAGGUUUACAACCAUUAAUGCUUUUCCUUUGGACUGCUAGUGGUGUUCCAUUCUCCAUCUUUUUUGUGUCCAGAGAUGCUAGUAUACCUAUUCAAAUUCAACCUCAAUGUUUUACAUUUUUAUGUCUUGUGACUUGGGCUCAAACAUUACAUUACCCACCAGUAUCACAAUCAAAGAAGAAGACAAUAUUAUAUGUUGGUUUGUUCUUAAUAAUCUCAAUAGCUUUGGAAGUUGGAUUUAUAAUACCAUUGAAGAGAUUAACUGCAAAGAAUAUCAUGUGGCCAUCAUUGAUCUUUGGUAUUCUUGCUUCAAUCUUGUUAGCUGUUGGGUUACUACCACCAUAUUUCGAAUUAGCCAAAAGACAAGGACGUGUUGUUGGUAUCAACUUUGUGUUUUUAUCGUUGGACUUUUCUGGUGCUUUGUUCAGUGCUUUAUCAGUUGCAUUUGCUAGAGAGGUUGAUGUUUUGGGGAUUGUUUUGUAUUGUAUUGUUGGAUUCAUGGAAUUGGGUAUUUUCAGUUCCCAUUUGAUUUGGUAUUUGAGAAUUGGAAGAAAGAUGAAGAAGGAUGAUAACAGAGAAUCUGAAGAUGAAUUGGCAACAUCUAUAACUGAAGUUGAUGAUUUGAAAAAAGCUGAAAGUAAUGAAACCACCAAAAGUUGCGAUACUGCUGACACGAUAGUUUGAGUAUUCUGAUGACGUUCAAUAUCUUCAUAACCUGUUUAUAAGCAUCAAUUUAUGAGUUUUAAUGAAAUUUCAAAUUGUGACUAGUAAAAUGGAAAGCAAAAAGUAUAUUUGAUCUCAACAGUAGUCAAUUUCCAUCUUGAAAACAGCAUUAUAAUCAAAUAAGCAUCAAUAUCAUCGAUUAACACAUAAUUCAAACCUCAUAAACCAUCAUUUCCAUGAUAAUUGAUAAUUUCCAAAUCUUUUGCACCUGUUCCAACUUCAAAUUUUGGAUCCUUUGAUUUUUGAUCCUUCGCGAAAACUUCAAAAAAUUAAUUUUUUCGUGCCUGCGCAUUUUCUUUUGAAGCUCCUUUCAUCAAAACAAAAACAUUUGAAAUUGGCAUUUAUUUAUUUAUAAACAGAUUUGAUCCUUUCCACACUCUUUUCAUCCCUUUUUUCUAUAUUCCAAAGCUAUACCCACC